CCACUGUGUUAUAUUAAUGCCCAAUAUUUUAUGAUACUUACUUCCUAUUUUUCAUAAAUGAUUUAUUAAUUAUUAUUUAUAAACCAGCUGCAGGGAUGUGCUGUUUUGAAAAAUCUCUUGGUUGCUUAAAUGGUGGCCUGAAGGAAGAUUUAGCACAGAAACUGGUGGAGGCAAAUAUUGAAAUAUUUAAGCUGUCGGCUGAGCUUAAGUUUUCAUUGCGGUUGUAUCGCUACCUCAAAAUCCCAAAAUACAGAAGACUUCAUACUAUUGAAGAUUUCUUUUAUGGAUUGUCAAUUAAGUUCAUCAGAGAGACGAUGGAUGAGAUCAAGGAUCUUAUAAAAGAAAAGAAGCUUGUAGAUGGCCAGUUCAACUUUCUCACUUACCUCAUGUCUCGUAAGGAACUCUCUGAGAAGGAUGUCAUCACCAUCACUUUGUCUCUCUUCUCUGAUGGUCUUUCUACGGUAAGCACUUCUUAUGUAAAUUAGGGUAUAUUCAAUAUAAUACAGCCUCUCCUUACUUAACAACGGAGUUCCAUUCCUAAGACCACAUCGGUAAAUGAAUUCAUCACUAAGUGAGGAGCAUAUUAUAAUGGUAGUUUUUAUCAAUGAUCUAUGGUCUUAAUGUCACCUUUGCAUCAUUUACAGGUGAGCCAUCACUAAUCCGGCAUCAUUGGGACCUGUAGUAUGCAGGAUUAGUGAGUUUGCCGGAUUACAGAGUGGUUAUGUUAGAAUAAAUUUAAUUAACCUAUCAAUAGAUCUGACUCGGCUACAUCUUCCUCAUUUUCAUCACUGCUUUCUCCUCCAAUGGCUUGCUGCUGUGGAUUUACAACCAUCUGCACAAUUUCCGAGUCAGAAUAAAGAUGAAAUUUGAAAUUAUGCUAGCUGAAAUUAGUGCUAGAUUACUGAUGGAACUGGAUAACUGAUUGCCGGAUUAGUGAUGGCCGACCUGUUUAACAUUUCUGGUAUAUUUUCAAAUGUUUAUACAGUAGUGUACUGUAUAUUGUAU